CAUGUCUGUCUUCGAGGAGCCAUUUUGAAAUUACACGCGUUUACCUGUUCCAUGCCGUAUGCGAGUUAUUGUUCGUCUAACUAAGUGCCACUUCACUUUGGUGUGGGUGAAAACCGAUCAUUCGGCCUUAAAUGCUUUGUUGUUGUUCCGCGUUGUCUAUAAAAAGAUAAAUCACAACCUCCGGUCGCAUUUAACAGAUAUUUCCCGCAAUUUCGGUCUAUUUAUGCUGUUCAGAUUGCAUCUGUUAUCAAAGUUGGCAUGUUGUUCAUGGGAUUGAAUAUACAAGCAUCUGUGAGAUGCCUUGUUGAUUUCUCAUGCGUCAGGCACCGCAUUUCCUAGCGGGUUUGUUUUUCAAAUCAAGGCGUCGUGAUUAGCGUCGCAUACGUCAUUGGCGAUUGGGAAUAAGAAUGCUCACGACAGGCAACUCUUGAUCAUUUCAAAACAAACUGUUUCAAAAGAAGGACAGGACUGAAAAUCGUACCGAAUUCAGCAAAAAGCCGUGAAAUAUGAAGAAGGAGAAACGACGUGGCAGUAAAGGCAAUGUGUUUAGUAUGUUUUUUGAUAUGGACACGACGAAGCGACGUAAUGGCAAGCAAGCGAACGAGGACAUGCCUUCUGUGUUCGUAACCGUUUCCCCGGAAUUGGAAAAACGGAACAAAGCAUUCUCGCGCAGCAAACGGAAGAUCAAGAUUGCAAUUAUGGGAAAAUCGGGAGUUGGAAAAUCAGCUUUAGUUGUACGUUAUCUGACGAAACGCUUUAUCGGGGAGUAUCAGAGCAGUGUCGAAACGCACGCUUCGACAGAAGUUGAAAUUGACGAAGAAAAAGUACUCGUGGAGAUAUUUGACACUUCUGCCUCAGAAGAAAAAAUUCAGGAACACAUCAACUGGGCCGAUGGUUUCAUUUUGGUAUUUUCAAUCACAGACUACUGGAGCUUAUAUGAAGUAGCCAGGUUGUCGUCCAUCAUAUCGCAGACGAAGAAUGAGACACAGACACCGAUCAUUGUGCUCAGCAAUCAGACUGACAUGGAGAAACAGCGACGAAUUUCAAAAACAGAAGCGAAUCAAUUUCUGAACGAUCUUGGGAAACCUGUGUUCAAAACAUCGGCGGCGCACAAUUACGACAGCGUACGAACGGCGUUCGACGAGGCUUCCCGACUGGUGUACAAGUGGAAGUUCCCCGUUGAACGAAGACGCCAACGAAGUCGCUCAGGUAGCAUUAUGGAUCCAUUGCGUGAUGCUUUUAAUAGGUUGAGCAGGGCGCUUUCGGACGAAGAGAUCCCACAGAGACCGCGUUCAGCAAGUUCCGCAGACAUUACUCGCGUUACUAUAACAACCACGCCAUCGGGGAAACACAAUCACGGGCGAUCGCAUUCAGAACAGAGAACCAAACAUGUUGUAACGAACGAGAACUUUUUGCAAAUACCACUAGUGGAUGGUGCUGUGGGCCAGAAGAGGACCCGUAGUCAUAGCUUUGCUUGAGUAACCGACAAUUAAACGCCCGUCAAACGGACAAAAAUCUCGUUAUUUAUUGCCGGAAUCACAAUAAUUUAAUUAUGAUGGUUUACGAGUUCUUAAAAAUGAAGAAUAUGCUACACAGAAUGAGCUCAAUAACUAUCUGGAGUGACUCUAACUUGUGAUAUCUGCGCACAGUGAUCCAACGUGGCCUAAAUUGACGUCAGGUUCAUUUGGGAAGAGCCUUUCUAUUGUCAUCUGACGUGCAAGGAUUUCAAAGGCUGGAUGACCUGUGAAUACUGUAAAUAUGAUUUAAUAUAGAGGUCAUUUAGUCAUACAGUAUAAAUUAAUCACCUGUAAAUAAAGAGCAAUUUAUAUGUAUAUACAAGACGAAUAAUUAAACAAUUUUUGUUUCUCGCAUAAAUCAAACAAAAACUGAAAAGGUAUAGUAGCAUUUCUCACUGAGUUCAGGAGAUACAGGGGCCGUCCGCUGGCUCAAAGCCCAUUCA